AUUCAGAGCACAACAACCUCCUCGACCAUCUGUGAGACAGUCAGCUCAAGACUAAAAGGUGGGAUCACUGUAACCAUGCUGAAGGUAGCACUUGUGCUUGGAUGCCUCCUGAGCCUCGCUCUGGCUCAUCCUGUGGAGCGCAAAAGACUUGCUCGGUCUGAGUCCAACUCUGACUCGAGGUCCGAUGAGGCCAGGCCAAAGCCUGUGCCAGUGCCAGUGCCUGUGCCAGUGCCAGUGCCUACGCCUGCACCUGCGCCAGUGCCAGUGCCAGUACCUGUGCCAGUGCCAGUGCCGGCCCCAGCCCCGGCUGCUCCGGCUGCCCCGGCCCUCCCGGAUAUUCUCAAGAACUUUUUUGAUUUGCUUUCCAAACUGCCAGCUCCACCUACUCCUCCUAAAAAGUAAAAUCUGAAAUGUAAGCAGAGAUUGAUGAGUACAGAAAAAAAACAGUAUUUAAUGAGACAGGUGUUUGACAUCAGCUUUGUUUUGUGUCAGUUUGUCAAGUCAACUGUUUUUUCUUCUUUUCAAAUUGUAAUGAUGUUAUCUUAACCAUGAUGUUGUUACACUCAUCAUUGUAGUUCACUCAAACAUGCGGAUCCAAAUCACUUCAUUCUCUGUACUAUCUGCACAAUAAACUUCAUAAAUAGAAAACGUGGA